GGAAAUCCCAGAAUAAAAUAUUAAUUUGUAGUUUUAAUGAAAUCAUUUUAGAAGAUCAUUACAAGUUAUUAUGAUAAACAUAAUACAAAAUAAAAUAUUUAAGUUCAGAAGUAUUAAAAAUUAAAUUCAAAUCGUUACAACAAAAAUAAUCCAUACUGAUACUUAUAAAUAUUUUUUUUAAUGAAAGUUGAAAAUAAUGGAAGUUAUGUUAAAUAAUGUUGAAUCGAUUAGUUUGUCGAAUAAUGAUUUCUCAAUUGAACUUUACUCGAAAUUAAGCGAACUAGAUGGCAGUAUUUUUUUUUCUCCAAUAAGUAUUCAUAUAGUUAUGUUUAUGGCAAGCAUUGGAGCAGCUACUCAGACUUAUGAUGAAAUACUGAAGACAAUACAUCUUACCAAAAAAAAUUCUACUAAAUUAUUAGAAAAUUAUGAACAGUUGUUAGAUGAUCUUACAGAAAAUAAUGUAUUGAAGUUUGCUAUUGGUAUUUUUAUUGAUGAUUCAUUUAAAAUAAAACAUAAGUAUGUUGAAAACACUAGUCAUUAUUUAAAAUCUACAACUGCAAAGUUAAAUUUUAAAGAAAAAGCAGAAGAUCAACGUAUUUUGAUAAAUAAAUGGGUUGAAAGUAAAACAAAUGGAAGAAUUAAUAAUUUAUUGCCUUUUGGUUCCAUAAGUAAGGAUUCUAGUUUAAUAUUAGCUAAUGCUGUUCAUUUUAACAGCAGCUGGCAAUACAAGUUUAGCAAUAUUCAAAAUGAAUUUUUUUAUAUAUCACCAAGCCAAAAAAAAUAUGUUUCAAUGAUGAAUUUAAACAGACAUUUAAAUUACUUUCAUGAUAAGAUAUUAAAGUAUUCAGUUGUUGAAUUACCUUACAAAGACUAUAAUUUUAAAAUGGUUAUUAUGUUACCUGAUGCAAAUGAUGGUUUGAGAAAUCUUGAGUUAAAUUUAUCUAAAAUAAAUAUAAAGGAUUUAACAAAAAAAUUGAAGACCUUUGAUGUCAAUGUUAAAUUACCUCAAUUUCAACUUGAACUUUCAUAUGAUUUAAAAAACACAUUAAUUGAAAUGGGUUGUUCUACAAUGUUUACAAAAAAUGCAAACUUUUCAAAUAUACUUGUUUCAUUAGAAAAAACAUUAUUCGUUAAUAAAAUUGUUCAUAAGUCGUAUAUUGAAGUUAAUAAAGAUGGAACUGAAGCUGCGUCUUCUACAGGAGUAUAUAUUCAACCCUUAGCUGGUCAUCGAGCUGUUAAUUUUCAUGCAGAUCAUCCUUUCAUGUUUGUAAUUGCUAGUCAAAAGAAUGAUAUUAUAUUCAUGGGACGUUUUAAUCCUUAAUUUUGAACUCAUAUAAAUUAAAUAGAAAUAUGUGUUUAAAUGUAUAAGUUGGUAUAACCAUUAAUAGACAACAGGCAUAUUCAGGUCAAGAUAACAUGACUAUGUAAUGUUCUAUAAUGAAAACCAUUUUUUUUUGUUUUAAUAUUACUUUAUUAGAAAAAUAUAAUACAUUUCUCGUCAUAAUGCAAUUUAAUAAUGAUUUACAGUAAUCUUUUUUGUACUGUUCUAUCAACAGUUUAUCAGCUAGGGAAACCAAAGUUUAAAUUCUCCUCUGAUAAUAUUCAGAAAGAUACUUUUAUUCUAGUGUAACUGCUUUAUAAAUCGUAAAACAACUUAAAAAAAUAAUUAAAAAUAAUGAAUAUUUUUUUGUUUACACAGUAAAUUUUGAUCAAAAUGAAUACUUUAUAGGUGUUCUCUGGAAUAAUAUUAUUCAAUGGAAUUAAAACAUGAUAUGUUUGAUAAAGAGUAUUCUUUAUUGAAUUGUAUUUCUGUUAAAAUGCUUAAUAAUAUAAAAAUUAAUGGAUGUGAAAGUGAUUUUCACAAAGAUAUUCAAAAAGUUGAAAAUUAAAUUCCUUGUAGAGCUUUAGUGCAAUGGUCGGCAACCGGCGGCCCGCGUGGCUAUUGAAUACGGCCCGCUUUAAAUUCUAAAUCGACUAAUUUAAUUGAAUAUCAUUUUGUAUAAAUAUAAUUGAACGUUGCGUUUUUGGUACGGGUAUUUUAUAUAAGUCAUAUUAUUAUUUUAAGUUUUAGAUAGUAUUUUUUUGCAUAAUAAAUAAUGUAAUUAUAAAUUUUUUUUUUUUAUCUGGCCCGCGAACUCUUUUUAAUUUGUAAAUGUGGCCCGAGAAUUAAAAAAGGUUGCCGACCACUGCUUUAGUGCAUAAUAUUAUUAGGAAUUAAAUAUUAAAAUUUUAAAAAGCAAAUAUGAUAAAUUGAGAAUGAAUAUGAUUCAUUUAAACAACAUUUUUGCAGGACAAAUUCAUUAGCGGCACAUUGUAAUUGAGUUUCUUAUUAGAAUGAAAAUUCUAAAAUCUCCUUCAAUGUACAUGUUUGCAAAAUUACAAUAAGUUAACACAAUCGGUACACAUAAAAAUAACUACUUUAUCCUUAUUAACGUAAUAUCGGUGAAAAAUAUAGCAUAAUAUUUCAUGUUAAUAAAUCUAAUAUUUAUUUUAAAAAAUAAAAUAAAUUUUUUUGACGUCUUCAUUAAGGUAUGUCUAUAAACCAACUUUGAUGAAUACCAGAACUAGAGUUCUGUGAGGCAAUUUGUAAAGUUAUUUAAAGUAAUUAAUCAUGAUUAUUAUGAAUAAAGUUAUUUAUGAAUGCAGAGUGAUUCUUUUAACCACUGAAUUAUUUUUAAAAUAAUAAUUAUGUUCAGAAAUUUCUUUUCUGUAUUUUUUAGUUUCAUAUAUUUCUUGAUUUAUCAAUUAUUCAGUAUUUUUUCAAUUCAUUCAUUAUACCCUAUAAAAUAAAAAAAAGAUCUAAUAAGAAAAUAACUGGUCGAUAACAACUUUUGAACUAUUACUUCGGAAAUUAUUAACAUUUUUAAAAAUAGAAUGGAAAAGAGCACGUUGAGUAAUGCGCAAGGAUAAAAUUAACAUAUUUUAUAUCUCACCUCCAAAAUAUAUUUAAAACUUUUAAUAACUUAAAUUACUAGUUCAAAAGUUGUAAUCAACCUGUUUUUUCUUAAUUAGAUUUUUUUUUAUUUUAUAAGUGAAUUAAAAAUGUAUUUUACCA